AUGUCACUAACACGCGUGGAACUUUCAACAGCACUGGAAAUUCAAGUACCAUUAGCGAUUAAUGCAGAAGAAAUUAGAUGUAGCAGUGAUAUGCAUGAGAAUGAGUCAUGCACCUGUAAUUUAAUUCAAAAUGAGAUAGUACUCUUCAAUGAAUUUAAUGGUACUAAGUGUAUCAAAUCACGUGUAAUUCAAUUACGUGUUCGACGCAAACAAGAAGAUUCGAAUGAAGAGAAUUCAUUAAUUAAUUCAAAAAUUGCAAUUUCGGACGCUUUUCUUGCGUCAACCGAUAAACAACAAACAAAUGCAAUUACUGAUACACUAAAAAGGAAUUACCCAGGAAUUCACAUUUAUGAUAUGGAAAUGUUGGCCGAUGGUUCAUUGAAAACAGAUUCAGAAACAAAUGCACAAAAUGAUUUUGGAAAUGAUCAAAUAUGGGAUCGAAUAUCAAAUAGUACCGUAAAUGAUGAUAACGUAACAACGUGUACUGAAAAUAAGGAUGAGAAUGAACGAUUAAAAAGUUACGAGAAUGAAUUACGUAAACGACGUGAACUUAAUGAAUAUCGAGAAAAAGAAAAUACAUUUCUUAGGGAAUCAUUGCGAGAUUCUAAAAAAUUAUUAUCACUUGAAAAGAAUAAAACUGUCGAAAAGAAAGAAACAAAAGAAGGAAUAGAAUUAACUAAUGGUACUCAAUCAAAUGGUACUAUAACUGAAAUUUGUUAUGCUAAUAAUGCAUAUGUAGCUGGCGAUACAUUUGAUAAUAAUGAAUCAAUUCCACUUGAACAAGUAAUGUUAUCAAUGAAUCGCGUAGCGGAACACUUAGAGAAACAAGAAGGACGUGAAGACGAGUCAAAGUUAUUACGUGAGUUUUUCACGCAACAACCUAUCCAACAAGCAAUCAAAAGUAAUAGUAUCAGUCAUAUGAAUGCUAAGACUACAGAACCUAAACCUACUACAUCAACUGAUUUAUCAUCUGUUAUCACUGAUUACAACGACUCUAAAAUGCUCCCAGUAACACGAAUUCAGGGUGAUUUGAAAAUUGUUAAAGUUAACAAAUGCAAUGAUACAUAUCUCGGUGCAACAAUACGUAAUGAAGGUGAAAAAGUAAUUGUCGGACGUGUAAUACGUGGUGGUAUAGCGGAAAAAUUAGAUUUACUUAGAGAAGGCGAUGAAAUUAUUGAAGCUAAUGGAAAUGAUUUACGUGGUAAAAAUGUCACCGAAGUUUGUGAAAUUUUGAGAUCAAUAACUGGUGAAUUAUCACUUGUGAUAGCACCAUUAAAUAGAUCAAAUGAUAAAUCUCAAAUGAUAACAUCAACAGAAGUUCGACAUUUUCGAGCACUUUUUGAUUAUGAUCCCGAGGAUGAUAUUUAUGUUCCAUGUAAAGAACUUGCAUUAAAAUUUCAACGUGGUGAUAUUCUUCAUGUGAUUAAUAUGAGUGAUGAAAAUUGGUGGCAAGCUUAUCAUGAUAAUUGUGAUAUUACUAAACGGUCACUUGCUGGCUUAAUACCAUCAAUAUCAUUUCAACGACAGAUUACAUUGUAUGCACGUGAAUUCGACAGAGAAAAUCAAUCAGAAAUUAAUAAACGCAAAGAUUUGUUCGGUUGUAGAAAAGGAAAAAAUUUAAUUAAAGGAUGGCAUAAAAAAGGAAAUGAAGAAUUAAAAUCAUUGGAUGAAUUAAAUGAUGAAAAUGGCACAGAAAUUUUAACAUAUGAAGAAGUUACAUUAUAUUUAUCAAAAACAGGACGAAAAAGGCCACUUGUUCUUUGUGGCCCAGAAGGUGUUGGCUGUUUAGAACUAAGACAACGCUUGGCUGAAUUUGAUAAAGAUAAAUUUGCCAGUGCUAUACCACAUACGACACGUCCAGUGAAAUCAGGUGAAAUUAACGGUGUGCAUUAUCAUUUUGUAACAAAAAGUAAUUUUCAAGAAGAUGCAAAAGCGGGUAAAUUCAUUGAAUAUGGUGAAUUUGAAAAGUAUCUCUAUGGUACUUCAUUAGCAUCAAUUCAGGCUGUUAUUGAUCGAGCUAAAAUAUGCUUAUUAACACUUAAAGCUGAGAAUUUGAAUGCAUUACGACGGACGACAUUUAUGCCUUAUGUUGUAUUCAUUGCGCCACCAUCACUGCAACAACUUCGUCGUCAGAAAGAAAUUUUAGGACAGCAUGGAAUUAAAGAUGAACAAUUAAAAUCAAUUUUAAAUGAAGGUAAAACUACUGAAAAGCAUUUUGGUCAUUUAUUUGAUCGAAUAAUAGUGAACGUUGAUCUCGAUCGAUCAUUAGAAGAACUUAAAGAAAUUGUUCGACGAUUAGAAAUGGAACCACAAUGGGUGCCAACAUUUUGGCCACUUAAUCCUACCAAUAUUAUUUCAUCAACAAAAUAUGAUGAAAAAUUAAUAUAUUAG